UACGACCGCGCACUCUGCCAGAGACUACAGCGCAUGCUCCUUGAACGGAUAAAUUUAAUUUGGAUUAUAAUGCAGCUAACAGACAACUGUAGAAGGGUUGUACACCAGGGACCUUAACUUUGCAAGACUUGCAUCAUGCGUACUGCAUAGGCCAACUAUAUCUGAGCUUACAAUGUUGGCGCUCCUCUUGCUGCUUCUGCUGGCUAGUCUAGUGUCGGGUCGGAACGACACGGACAAAACCCCGUGGCGAUGCCCUGAGAUCACGCAGCCGCCUGCAGUGUCCUGUUCAUGUGACCUGCCCCACACUCUGCGGUGUAUCGGCGACAACUCCGCUCUCCAGGUGAUCGGGGAUGUUCUUCGGGGGCUGGUACCGCCUGCAACCGUGUCGCUGUUGGACUGUACGGUCCAGAAUGUGAGCGUGCUGCCUGAUCUGCUCUUAGAGGGCGUCCUCUUGCAUGGCUUGGUUGUGUCUUCGGGAGAGAUACAUCACGUCUCCGAGCGGGCAUUCUCGGGGCUGGCCGGACCGCUGCAAGCCCUCGGGCUGCCCAACAACAAGCUGCAGACCGUGCCCACGGCAGCGCUCUCGGCACUCCCCACGCUGGACAGACUCGAUCUCUCGCACAACCACCUCGAGACCCUCACCGCUGGCUCUUUUAAGGGACUGUCUAACCUCACUUUCUUGGAACUGAGUGAGAACAGACUGUCUGUCUUGGAAGUUAAUGCCAUCUCUUCAUUAUCAAAGCUACAGACACUACGCUUGCGAGGGAACAAACUGAGUGUGAAUGCCGUAUCAGCUCUUGAGGGAAUGCAUUCUCUUCAGGAACUGGACCUCAGUGAUAACUUGCUUGCAGGUCCUUUAGGCGCAACUACUCUUCCUGCAUUAUCAGCACUGAGAGUUCUGCAGCUUGCUCACAAUCAACUUAGCAGUGUUCGUCGAGGUGCACUUACAGGUUUCACCUCACUCGUCUCUCUCACCCUGCAUCACAAUCAGAUUGAUGUUCUUGAAGACAAUGCAUUUAGUGAGUUGCGGACACUCACACAACUUGACUUGGCACACAAUCGUAUUGUAGCAGUGUCUGGAAACUCCUUGGCACAUCUCACAAGACUGGUGCAACUUGACCUGGCUCACAAUUUCUUACGAGCACUUACUGCUGACCUAGUGGUUCCACUAAGAAAUCUCCAGGAAUUAAGGCUCGAUGAUAAUGACAUAUCUAUGGUGACAAGUGAUGCCUUAAAUUCAGGCACAGUGCUUCGCCGGCUUACUUUGGCAGACAACCCACUUAAUUGUGACUGCAGUCUUGCUGAAUUUGCUGAGUGGCUCACCAAUUCCAGCCUGUUGCCCACCUCUGAUAGAACUACAGCCGUAUGUGCCACACCUCCUUCACUAGAGAAUGGUUUGCUGGUAGAGGUUUCACCACAUGAACUGCUGUGUGGACAAGAUGAAGAGGAAACUGGUCCAGCACCUCCACAAGGGCCCCUUAACCCCCAAGUUCCUGUUUCUGGUAAACAGGUUACCCUCCGCAUCUUUCAGUAUGAUGGUGUUAGUGUAACACUACUGUGGAGUGUUGAAGCUAGUGCAGCACCUUAUGCUUGUGAUGCCCUGUUUGUGUAUGAAGAAGAGGGUGCACAUGAAGUGUUGUUGGAAUCCAACCCAGUCCGAUGCAAUUCCUCACAUUUGGCUGACCCAAGGGCAUUGACUUUAACAUUGCCUGGUGCAGGCCUAUUACUUGGUCACCGUUACCGCUACUGUGUGGUGCUUCUGGAAGGGGGCGGUGUCACAUCUGAUGAAAUGGCAUUAGUGUUGGGAUGUAGUGACAUUAUACCACUAAUUCCCACUGCUGAACCGCAGUCACAGCCCUUGCCAGAAUUCUCUUUGACCACACACAUUGCUGCCCUUCAUGUCAAUGUGAGUUCACCUGGAACACUCUUAAUAGUGAUCCAGCUAUGGGAGCAGCCUCUGCCCAAGGCACACUGUUUGCUUACUGUGGCAGUAUUUGCAGGUAGCUCCCUAGUAGCCCAGCAGCACCUUAAUUGUUCUCAUCCACAAACAGUGAUCAAAGAUCUUCCUGUGGGGCCUUAUCGUGUUUGUGCUGCAACAGGAGACUUCCCAUCUACAGGCCCCAGAGCCCGAUGCAUAACAGUACAACAACCAGUUACUCCACAGGGUCUUGGUGGAUUGAACAUUGUUAUAGCUACUGGGUUUGUGGCCCUUAGUUCAGUAUUGCUUCUUGGACUAUAUUUAGCAACAAGGAGACUGCUCCAAAGGCCUAAACUAUUACCUACACAUCAAUGUUUUCUGGCUGGCCCACAGGAUGAGGAGCAGCAUUCUCGUUAUGUGAAACUGCAUGCUACUACGAAACUUUAGCAACGAGCAGUAUCAGCGCUUCAUCUUAAACAACCAGUAAUACCAUGAGAGUGUUCAUAUUUGGAAUAGGUGAAGACUGCUGUUAGUUCAGUUCCACAGAAAGUCCUCAGGGCAUUAUUAACUGUAUGGUUAUCUUUUCCCCACAGCAGAAGCAAGUAGCGCAUGUUCAAAAGAAAACCAUGAACAGACACUUCUUUUAUGUGAUUUAAUUUGAGGACAGAGGAAAAUAGACUGUAAUUUGCUAUGUACCUGCACUAAGUAUGGAACUAUAUCCAUACCAUAAACAGCAGAAAUCUGCCACUAUUUUACUGCAUGCUCAUGGCUGUUUUCUAGACCUUGUGAAAUGGAAGUGCCAUCAAUUGGACACAAGAAAAUCUUCAGCACAGUGAAGGGACAAACUAUAUAUAGCUCAGAAGAUUUAGACUGUCAUAAAUAACAGUUACAUGUGUAAACUAAGAAAAUGAAACAUUUUUAUUGUACAGUACCAAUAAAUGUAACUUAUGUUAGACCAUUGAAACAAAUGUUAUAUAUAAAGUAAGAAGCAAGCUUGAUUUCUUCUCACUUGGUCCACUGAUGCACAUGGAGAGUAUCAAGUGAAUAUAAUAAAAUAAUGUACAUACAGAAUCCAAAUGCAAAUGUAUAUUUUUAAUUUACAAGUGUUACAUAAUAAAAGAAAGUCAUACUGAAAUAUCUCAUCACAAGAGUUUUGAAAGAUUCUGUGUCCAUUAGCACAAAUCUUCAGGAACGUGAGCUUGAAGUUGUGGAUUUCUUAUAUAGAUAUAACUUGUUGCUUAAAACAUGCACUUACAAGAUAACAUAAUUUAAUAAAUAUAUAUUUACAUUUCUUUAUCUUGUAAGUGCAUAUUUUAAGCAACAAUUUACAUGUUAAUUUUAAUGUAAUUUCAGAUUCAGAGAAAAAUUAUCAUAAUGGACAUAGAAUCAAAGAAACUCUUUUUAUAGUUACGAUUUCAGUACUGGAGUAUUAGGACUACAUUGGAGUUCCAUUAUGGUACCUGUAGAUUGUUUUGUUCUCUGCCCACUAAAGGACAGUCAUGUAUUUUGUAUAGUUGAAUUAAUGCAAAUUUUAUUCUUUAACAUUACAUACCAUAACUGAGAAUAAUAAAAACGAACUUACAUGAUGUCAGUCAUCAUUCA